UGGGCUCGCUCGAUGCCGGCCCGGGAGCGGCCGCAGGAGGCGGAGGCAGCGAGCAGCCGGGGCCGCAGGAGAGGCCGGGCCGGGCCUCUCCAUCCAGCCGCGCUGCCCGGGACGCUGGCAGGAUCAAGAAUUUGGAGCCGUGGGCUGUCAGAUCCUGGCUGUUGCUGAACCUGGGACACCUCCCAGGAUUAAUCUCCCAUCAUGUUUCACCUGAUGAAAAAGGACAGAGAUGGGUCCCGAAGGGAGAAGAAAGAGAAGAAGGAGAAGAAGGAGCGGAUGUCGGCUGCCGAGCUGAAGAGCUUGGAGGAGAUGAGUAUGCGCCGGGGCUUUUUCAACCUCAACCGGUCUUCCAAGAGGGAUGCAAAGAACCGGCUGGAGAUCUCCAACCCCAUCCCUAUCAAGGUGGCCAGUGGCUCCGACCUUCACCUGACUGACAUCGACUCAGACAGCAACCGGGGGAGCGUGAUCCUCGAUUCCGGUCAUCUCAGCACGGCCAGCUCCAGCGACGACCUCAAGGUGGAUGACGGAAACUUCAAGGGGUCCGUGCUGCAGCGGGCAGCCAAGUUCGGCUCUCUGGCCAAGCAGAACUCGCAGAUGAUCGUCAAGAGGUUCUCCUUCUCGCAGAAAAGCCGCGAUGAAAGCACCUCGGAGACAUCCACCCCUUCCGAGCACUCGGCUGCCCCUUCCCCGCAGGUGGAGAUGCGGACGCUGGAGAUGCAGCUGGCCAAGCAAGCUGUACCACCUGGGCCCCCACGCGUCCCUUCCGCCUCACGGACCAGGCUGCCCGAGGUGGUCAGCAAGCGGUUCCCCGCUGAGCUGAAGCUCCCUGUGGUGGUCCCCCCUCAGCCCCCCGUGCCCAGGCAACUGGAGCUGCAGCGGCGCAACACCGGCGACUUUGGCUUCUCGCUGCGCCGCACCACCAUGCUGGACAGGGCUGCUGACGGGCAGGUGUACAGGCGGGUAGUGCACUUCGCUGAACCGGGUGCCGGGACCAAAGACCUGGCUCUUGGCUUGGUGCCAGGCGACCGGCUGGUGGAGAUCAAUGGGCGCAACGUGGAAAACAAGUCGCGGGAUGAGAUUGUGGAGAUGAUCCGGCAGUCGGGGGAGACAGUACGCCUGAAAGUGCAGCCCAUCCUAGAGCUGAGUGAGCUGAGCCACUGCUGGCUGAGGAGCGGGGAGGGCCUUCACCAAGCAGCCUUUGAUCCGGAGCCUGCGACCACCACGGCUGCACUCCCCCAGGUACUGUACCCCAGCGCACCGGAGGACCCCCUUCUAUCUCCCGUCUGCCUCUGGGUUGAUGUGUGUGCUCGCGCCACGUGCUGGAGUGCCAAGACGGAGGAACAAAUUGCAGCCGAGGAGGCCUGGUAUGAGACAGAUAAAGUGUGGCUGGUCCACAAGGAUGGCUUCUCCUUAGCAAGCCAGUUGAAGACUGAUGCUGCCGGCCUUCUGCCCGAGGGGAAAGUCAAGGUGAAACUAGACUACGAUGGAGCUCAGCUCGAGGUGGAUGAAGACGACGUGGAAAAGGCCAACCCGCCGUCAUGCGACCGCGUGGAGGACCUGGCCAGCCUUGUGUACCUCAAUGAGUCUAGCGUCCUGCACACGCUCCGCCAGCGCUAUGGCGGGAACCUCAUUCACACCUACGCCGGGCCCAACAUGGUGGUCAUCAACCCUCUCAGCUCUCCAUCCAUGUACUCUGAGAAGGUGAUGCACAUGUUCAAGGGCUGCCGCAAGGAGGACACCUCCCCCCACAUCUACGCCGUGGCCCAGGCCGCCUACCGGAACAUGCUCAUGAGCCGCCAGGACCAGUCCAUCGUUCUGCUGGGGAGCAGCAGCAGCGGAAAGACCACCAAUUGCCAGCACCUGGUCCAGUACUUGGCCACAGUUGCUGGCAGCUCCGGGAAGGUCUUCUCAGCGGAGAAGUGGCAAGCGCUGUACACCAUCCUGGAGGCCUUUGGCAACAGCGGCACGAGCCUGAACGCCAACGCCACCCGCUUCUCACAGAUAAUCUCGCUGGACUUUGACCAGGCUGGGCAGGUGGCCUCUGCCUCUGUGCAGACGAUGCUGCUGGAGAAACUCAGGGUUGCCAAGCGCCCCGCGAAUGAGGCCACCUUCAACGUGUUCUACUACUUGCUGGCGUGUUCGGACAAUGCCCUCCGGACGGAGCUUCAUUUCAACCACUUGGCCGAAAACAACGUCUUUGGGAUUGUACCCCUGUCAAAGCCGGAGGAGAAGCAGAAGGCCGCCCAGCAGUUCAGCAAGCUCCAGGCAGCCAUGAAAGUGAUGGGCAUCUCCAGUGAUGAGCAGAAAGCCUUCUGGCUUGUCCUGGGGGCCGUUUAUCACUUGGGGGCUGCAGGAGCCACCAAAGACGGCGACGAAGCUGGGAGGAAGCAGUUUGCUCGCCACGAGUGGGCCCAGAAAGCAGCCUACCUGCUGGGCUGCACACUGGAAGAGCUGUCCUCAUCCAUCUUCAAGCAUCAGCCCAAAGGGACCCUGCAAAGAUCCACCUCCUUCCGCCAGGGGCCGGAGGAAGCUGCCUUGGCAGAUGGCUCAGGCCCAAAGACGACUGCUCUGGAGUGCUUGGAGGCCCUCGCCUCAGGCCUGUACUCUGAACUCUUCACGCUGCUCAUCUCACUCCUCAACAGGGCCCUCAAGUCCAGUCAGCGGUCCUUGUGUUCCAUGAUGAUUGUGGACACCCCCGGCUUCCAGAACCCUGAGAUGGCUGGCCAGAGCCGCGGGGCCACGUUCGAAGAGCUGUGCCACAACUAUGCCCAGGAGCGGCUGCAGACCCUCUUCCACGAGCGCACUUUCGUGCAGGAGCUGGAGAGAUACAAGGAGGAAAACAUAGACCUUUCCUUAGAUGCCUUAGAGCCUAAUACAUCUGGGUCUAUAGCCACAGUAGACCAAGCGUCCCACCAGGCACUGGUCCGCUCCCUGGCCCGGACCGACGAGGCCCGCGGCCUGCUGUGGUUGCUGGAGGAGGAGUCGCUGCAGCCCGGAGGCAACGAGGACACUUUGCUGGAGCGGCUGUUCACCUACUACGGCCCACAGGACGGAGACAAGAAAGGGCACAACCCGCUGCUCCGAAGCAGUAGGCCACGGCACUUCUUCCUGGGGCACAGCUAUGGUACCAACUGGGUGGAAUAUGACACCACUGGCUGGCUGAACUAUGUCAGGCAGAAUCCUGCAUCCCAGAACACUUUGACUCUCCUGCAGGAGUCUCAGAAGAAAAUAAUCAGCAGCCUCUUCGCAGGCCGAGCUGGAACAGGAAUGGUGCUGUCUGGGUCCAUCGCUGGCCUGGAAGGAGGCUCUCAGCUGGCUUUGCGCAGGGCCACAAGCAUGCGGAAGACCUUCACCACGGGCGUGGCAGCCGUGAAGAAGAAGUCAGUCUGCAUCCAGAUCAAGCUGCAAGUGGACGCGCUGAUCGACACCCUCAAGAAGUCCAAGCUCCACUUUGUGCACUGCUUCCUGCCCAAGGCGGACAGCUGGAGCGGGGACUCCAGAGGGCUGUGCACGCGGAGAGUGAGCACCAGCGAGCUGGACCUGCACGGGGAGCACUGCGAGGCCGGCCUCAUGCAGCUGGACAUACCCCUCCUGAGGGCCCAGAUCCGGGGCUCCCGGCUCCUCGAUGCCCUUCGGAUGUACCGCCAAGGCUACCCCGACCACAUGGUCUUUGCGGAGUUCCGGCGGCGCUUUGACGUCCUGGCCCCUCACCUGACCAAGAAGCACGGGCGCAAUUACAUCGUCACGGACGAGAGGCGGGCUGUGGAGGAGCUCCUGGAGUCGCUGGAACUGGAGAAGAGCAGCUUCCACAUGGGCCUGAGCCGGGUGUUUUUCCGGGCAGGGACACUGCCCAAGCUGGAGGAGCAGCGGGAUAAGCAGAUGAGCAGGAACAUCACGCUUUUCCAGGCGGCCUGUCGGGGCUUCCUUGCACGCCAGCACUUCAAGAAGAGAAAGAUCCAAGACCUGGCCAUCCGCUGUGUGCAGAAGAACAUCAAGAAGAACAAGGGGGUGAAGAACUGGCCCUGGUGGAAACUCUUCACCACCGUCAGGCCUCUCAUCGAAGUUCAGCUCACAGAGGACCAGAUCAGGGGCAAAGAUGAGGAAAUCCAGCAGCUGAAGAGCCGGCUGGAGAAGGUGGAGAAGGAGAGGAACGAACUGCGACUCAGCAGCGACCGCCUGGAGAGCAAGAUCUCGGAGCUGAGCUCAGAACUGACCGACGAGAGGAACACGGGAGAAUCCGCUUCCCAGCUCCUGGACGCUGAGACAGCAGAGCGGCUGCGAGCAGAGAAGGACAUGAAGGAUCUGCAGGCCAAGUAUGAUGCUCUUAAGAAGCAGAUGGACUCCAUGGAGAUGGAGGUGAUGGAGGCCCGUCUCAUCCGUGCCGCUGAGCUCAACGGCGAGAUGGACGACGACGACUCAGGUGGCGAGUGGCGCCUGAAGUACGAGCGUGCCGUCCGCGAGAUUGAUUUCACCAAGAAGCGCCUGCAGCAGGAGUUUGAGGACAAGCUGGAGGUGGAGCAGCAGGGCAAGAGGCAGCUGGAGCGACGGCUGACUGACUUGCAAGCGGACAGCGAGGAGAGCCAGCGUGCCCUGCAGACGCUGAAGAAGAAGUGCCAGCGGCUGACGGCCGAGCUGCAGGACACCAAGCUGCACUUGGAAGGCCAGCAAGGCCGCAAUCACGAGCUGGAGAAGAAGCAGCGCAGGUUUGACAGCGAGCUCUCACAGGCCCAUGAAGAGGCCCAUCGCGAGAAGCUGGGCCGGGAGAAGCUGGGGCGCGAGAAGGACAUGCUCAUCGCCGAGGUGUUCAGCCUCAAGCAGCAGCUUGAGGAGAAGGAGUCCAGCAUCUCCAGCGUCACCCAGAAGGUGGAGUCCCUGGAGGCCGAGCUGCAGGACCUCUCCUCCCAGGAGUCCAAGGAUGAGGCGUCUCUGGCCAAGGUGCGGAAGCAGCUCCGGGACCUGGAGGCCAAGGCCAAAGACCAGGAGGAGGAGCUGGACGAGCAGGCAGGCACCAUCCAGAUGCUGGAGCAGGCCAAACUCCGGUUGGAGAUGGAGAUGGAGAGGCUGCGGCAGACGCACUCCAAGGAAGUGGAGAGCCGUGAUGAGGAGGUGGAGGAGAUCAGGCAGUCCUGCCAGAAGAAGCUGAAGCAGAUGGAGAUGCAGCUGGAGGAGGAGUACGAGGAGAAGCAGAAGGUGCUGCGGGAGAAGAGGGACCUGGAAGGGAAGCUGUCGGCUGUCAGCGACCAGGUCAGCCAGCGGGACUUUGAGACGGAGAAGCGGCUGCGCAAGGAUCUGAAGCGUACCAAGGCCCUCCUGUCCGAUGCUCAGGUCAUGCUUGACCACCUGAAGAACAACGCGCCCAGCAAGCGGGAGAUUGCGCAGCUGAAGAACCAGUUGGAGGAGUCAGAGUUCACGUGCGCGGCUGCUGUCAAGGCUCGCAAGUCCAUGGAGGUGGAGAUCGAGGACCUGCACCUGCAGAUAGAUGACCUAUCCAAGGCCAAGGGAGCGCUGGAAGAGCAGCUGAGCCGUUUGCAGCGGGAGAAGAACGAGGUGCAGAGCCGCCUGGAAGAGGAUCAGGAGGACAUGAACGAGCUCAUGAAGAAGCACAAGGCGGCUGUCGCUCAGGCCUCCCGGGACCUGGCCCAGAUCAAUGACCUUCAGUCACAGCUGGAGGAAGCCCACAAAGAGAAGCAAGAGCUCCAGGAGAAGCUACAAGGCCUCCAGAGCCAGCUGGAGUUUGUCGAGCAGUCCAUGGUAGACAAGUCCCUGGUCAGCAGGCAGGAGGCCAAGAUCCGCGAGCUGGAGACGCGGCUGGAGUUCGAGAGGACACAAGUGAAGCGCCUUGAGAGCUUGGCCACCCGCCUGAAGGAGAACAUGGAGAAGCUGACAGAGGAGCGUGACCAGCGCACGGCAGCAGAGAACAGGGAGAAGGAGCAGAACAAGCGGUUGCAGCGCCAGCUACGGGACACCAAGGAGGAGCUGGCUGAGCUGGCAAAGAAGGAGGCAGAGGCCAGUCGCAAGAAGCACGAACUGGAGAUGGAUCUGGAGAGCUUAGAAGCUGCGAACCAGAGCUUGCAGUCAGACCUGAAGCUGGCCUUCAAGCGGAUCGGUGACCUGCAGGCCGCCAUCGAGGACGAGAUGGAGAGUGACGAGAACGAGGAACUCAUCAACAGUUUGCAGGACAUGGUGACAAAGUUCCAGAAGCGCAGGAAUAAGCUCGAGGGCGACUCGGACGUUGAUUCUGAGCUCGAGGACCGUGUGGAUGGUGUCAAGUCAUGGCUGUCCAAGAACAAGGGGUCUUCCAAGACGGUCUCUGAGGACGGCAGCCUGAAGAGCAGCAGAACCGCCCUGAACUCAGUUGCUAAAGAGGGCAAGGAGGCUGACGAGAGGCCCGCCUCCGUCAUGAGCUCCCUAAGCUACAGGAAGCGGGGCAACCUCAAGGACUCCAUCGGGGGCAAAGGGGACGAGGAAACCCUCUUCUCCACCCUGAGCGAGCGCCCGGCCUCUCCCACCCGCUCCUUCCGCAAGGCCAAGCGCAACUCGGGGGCCAGCGGUCUGGACGACAGCAGCUCCGUCGCCUCGUGGAAGAAGCCCACCAGAGUGGUAGACGACCUGGACGAGAGGGGCUCGGUCCUCUCCCAGCCCUUCUCUGAAGCCAGCGGCCAGCUCUGCCACAAGGGCUUGGAGAAACGCUGGUCCAUCUCGGCUGCGGAGUUCGACAAGACCUCAGUUCUGUCCGCUCCCAUGAGUCACGGCGGGGCCUCCUGGGGCGGCCUGGAUUCCCGGGAGCAGGACGCCAGGUCGUCCCUCAGCUUCGCUCUCUCCAGCCCAGGCAGCUUGCGGCGGAGCACCUCCCGCCUGGACGACCUCAGCCCUUCCUACAGCCGCCCGGGCUCCCGCCUCUCCAUGGGCCACUCCCAGCUGGACGACGCAGCCAGCAUUGCCCCCAGCGACUCCUUCUCCCUCUACAGCCAGCACUCCCUUUCCCGCAGCCUCUCUGUGCCCCCGCGGCCCCGCAGCUCCGCCGCGGAUGAGCUCCAGGCAGAGGAUCCCGACAUCCGGCCCGUCAGCCACCGCAGCUACCUGGACCCGGACCUGGAGGCGGCCAUCAACGAAGUGCUGAGCUACAAGCCCGUCAAGUUCAAGCGUUCCAGCCUGGAUCCUGACUCGGAUGGCGACGACGACAGGAAGAGCGUGCGGAGCACCAAGAGUGCCGUCCUGGCCGAGCACUCGGCCGAGCCCCCGGCCAGCAGCCUGCGCAGGUCAGCCUCGGCCUUGGAUUUCUCCAGGCCUCACGGCACAAAGGGCAAGAGCCGGAGGAGGAGCUCCAGCGAGUCCUCUUCCUCCUCCUCUUCGUCCUCUUCCCCGGAGCGCCAGCGGAAGAGCUCCAAGAAGCGCUCCAAGAAGUCCAAGAAGAAGUCCAAGAAGAAGAAGAAGCAGCGCUCACGCUCGGCGUCCUCAGAAUCCUUUUCCAGCGGCUCGUCGGGCUCCACCGUCUCUUAUCGCAGCAACUCCAGUGUCAAGAAGGGCCCCAAGCGGGCAGGCCCGGGCUCUGAAGGGGAGGACGUUUCCAGGGAGGGCCCUGAGGCCGGGAAGUCCAACAAGCAGAUCAAGAAGGAGGAGAAGCAGCGCAAGAAGGAAGUGGACAGCCUGAUGAUGAAGUACCUGUAUCGCCCGGAGAGCGACUAAGCCCCCCCGGCUAUCGGAAAUCAUUCACCUACGACAAGUCAGAUGAGGAGCGAGACACUUUUGACGGCGCCCACCGGUCCAAGCACUCCUCCCGGAGCUACCUGAGCG